ACAGCAGGCUGCUGUGCUACAUGACACAUCGCUUCACACAAUUUAGAGAAGACUGAAAAUCUCAUACAUUUUGUACAAUACUGUGCGCUUUUUUAAUGUAACGGUGAGAAGCUCGUUUGACAAGGCAGUUGAAGCGGUUUACUUGAACCAAGUGAACCGAUUUGCGCAGCUUAUUGCAAGAGAAAUGCUCUACUGCGUGGAGAAAACUCGCUAAAGACAGAGAAACCGCAUGACAUCGGGUGCACCAUGGCCAAGCAUUUCCAUGUCAACACUCCGCUGCUGGAGAGCAUCGGCAUGUCCAAACGUGUGGGAACAACUGUGUACCUGAAGAUGGAGAAUUCACAGCCCUCUGGCUCCUUCAAGAUCCGCGGCAUUGGACACCUCUGCCAGCAGCUGGCCACUCAAUCUAAAGGAGUUGUCUGCUCUUCAGGGGGUAAUGCAGGUAUGGCUGCUGCUUACGUAGCCAGGAAAAUGGGUCUACCAGCCACCAUCGUAGUCCCCUCCUCCACACCUCAGCUGGUCGUUCAGAGACUGAAGGAUCAGGGUGCUACAGUCAAGUCUGUAGGCAAGGUUUGGGAUGAUGCCAAUGCAGAAGCUCUCAGACUGACAGAAACUGAAGGACUCACCUAUGUUCCUCCAUUCGAUGACCCCCUGCUCUGGCAGGGCCACGCCACUAUGAUCACAGAGGUCGCAGCCUCUCUGGGUCCCGGUGUCAAGCCUGGAGCUGUGCUGGUGUCUGUGGGUGGCGGGGGGCUCCUCUGCGGGGUUGUCCAGGGCCUGAAGGAUGUCGGCUGGACAGAUGUACCAAUCAUCGCAAUGGAGACAGUGGGGGCCGACUGUUUAAAUGCUGCGGUAAAAGCUGGGAGGGUGGUCACCCUGGAUGACAUCACCAGUGAGGCCAAAUGUCUCGGAGCUAAAACAGUGUGCAAGAAAGCUUUUGAAUGCACCCAAUGCAGCGAGCUCAGUAUUAUCUCUGAGCUUGUGACUGACCUGCAGGCUCUGCAGGCUGUGGAAACAUUCUUAGAUGAGGAGCGAGUGUUGGUGGAGCUAGCAUGUGGAGCUUCACUUGCUGCCGUCUACAGUGGACUUAUACGCAGACUACAGGAUGAAGGUCGGCUGCCGACUGUCUUGGGACCCCUGCUGGUGAUUGUGUGUGGUGGCAGCAGUAUCGACAUGAAGCAACUGGCAAACCUCAAACACAAACUGCAGACAUAAACUUAAAGACUGCAUUAGUGAAUUGAAUGAACUGUGGAUGGUUAAUCAAGACCUAUGGAUAUGUGUCGUCUGAUUUAGAAACAAAUGUGUAAUCUGGUAAUAAAUGAAUUACUGCUUCUGA